UUGCAUCGGUAAUAUGCAUCACAGCUUCUUUCCCUCCCGUAUGAAACGGUCAGGGAAUUAGCCGCCCUCGGCGCGCGCGUGUUAAGCCAGGGGUUCCGGGAGCGCGCGCGGAUUGUCCACCAUCUCAGCCCCUCGCCAGGCUGUGCACCUCGCGCGUCUUAUCAUCCAUCUCCAUAGCGAAGCGCUGAUCCUCCCCGAGUACUGAGGGAUGAAACGGAAAAGAACUUAUGCCGGUCACCACAGAAAUGAGUGAGUCGUCGUCCAUUCACUCAGCGAAGCUUGUUUCAUUGGCCCGAUCGCUCUCUGGGCUUGGGCUCGAUGCCACCAAUGGAAACCCUAUCACCCCUCCUGACAAUGAUGAGCCCCCUCCUCCGGAGUCCGGCAUCGAUCUAGGCCCUGGGCUUUAUUUCAAUGAUGGCAAGAGAAAAGUGGACUACGUCCUUUGCUACAAAUACAAAAAAAGGCGAGCAUCCAAGGCACGCCUUUCCAUUGCAUCCAAUGGGAGUAUACCAUUUCCCAUACCGAGCCGCUGGGAGCCGGAAGCGGAGUCUGGUGAGGUAUGUGCGCCUGCAGGAGAUGUGGAGGAGUCGAAGCUGUCUGAGGAGGAAAAGGCUGUCAUGAGGGAGGAAUUUGAAGCAGGUCUGCUGGAAGCUGGACUGCAGCUAGAGCGUGAUAAAGAGAGGGCGAAUGGCAUGCAGUUUAUUCGGCUGCACAUCCCAUGGCCAAUACUCAGUCGGGAGGCAGAGCUUCAGAAGAUCAAAGUUGCUGUGAAAAAGAAGUGUGAAUUGCGGAAGCGGAUGGGCAUCGCCGGGGUAUGGGACUCCAUCAUGAGCAAAGUCAGCACACCGUUUCAACCGGACGUCCCCGAUUUCGACAUCCAGAGAGACUCACAGACACGCGUCCAUUUCAAAACCCUCAAACACGCUUUUAUCAGAGACAAGCUCCACCUGUACGACAUCAAAUCAACAGAAACUGUAUUUGAUAACGCAACACGCAGCAGAAUAGUGGCUGAGAUUAUUUCACGCACUACCUGCAGACAAACUUGCCAAACCACUGGCAUCAGCUCAUUAUUGGCUCGGGGUGUCUACGACUCUGCCUUCCCUCUGCAUGAUGGGUCGUUCACAAGGAGAGGGAGGAAGGAUCAGCGAAAUGACAGACAGAUCCUCCAUGAAGAAUGGGCGAACUAUGGAGUCAUGCAUAAAUACCAGCCUGUGGACCUGAUCAGGAAGUACUUUGGAGAGCAGAUUGGGUUGUACUUUGCCUGGCUGGGUGUUUAUACUCAGCUCCUCAUCCCUCCCUCUGUACUGGGCAUCAUUGUCUUCCUGUACGGCAUACUCACUGUGGAUGCCAAUGUGCCAAGCCAGGAGACAUGUGAUGACAACCUGAACAUCACCAUGUGUCCGCUGUGUGAUGGUGUGUGUGACUACUGGCGUCUGAGUUCGGUGUGCUCACUGGCCCGAGCGUCAUACCUGUUCGACAACGGAGCCACUGUCCUCUUUGCCAUUUUCAUGUCUCUGUGGGCUGCCUGUUUCCUCGAGCACUGGAAAAGGCGACAGAUGUGUCUGAAACAUAUGUGGGACCUGACGAGCUUGGAGGAUGAAGAGGAGCGAGUCCAGGAGGAGCUGAGGCCUGAAUAUGAAGAAGCUCUACAGGAGAAGAAAGCUAAAAUGAAAGCACAGUCUAAGAGGAAGUUGACCCAAGCUGAGGAAGGUGCAGAUGGAGAAAAAGACCAGAUGCUGGCCUCGCAGCAAGAGCCAGAGUCCCUGGACAUUGAGGAUCACCUGUCAGGUUAUCUCAUCAAUGUGUCCACCUUACUACUACUGGUCUUUGUGACCUUCUCGGCAGUGGUUGGUGUGGCAGUUUAUCGCAUCUGCAUGUUAAGUGUGUGGUCAAUGAACCCUGAUCCUGAAGCCAAAGCCAGCGUGAGGAUGACCGUCACCACCACAGGCAUCAUCCUCAACAUGCUGGUCGUUCUGGUGUUGGAGGAGGUCUAUGGAGCGAUCGCUGUGUGGCUGACUGAACUGGAACUUCCCAAGACAAACGAAGAGUUUGAAGAAAAGCUGAUAUUUAAGUCUUUCUUCCUCAAAUCCAUGAACGCCUUUGCACCUAUUUUCUAUGUGGCCUUCUUCAAGGGCAGGUUUGGCGGGCGGCCUGGUGAUUAUGUUUACGUCUUUGGAGACUACCGCAUGGAGGAGUGUGCUCCACCAGGCUGCCUCAUCGAGUUGUGCAUCCAGCUCAGCAUGAUCAUGCUCGGAAAGCAGCUCAUCCAGAACAAUGUGUUUGAGGUUCUCAUACCUAAGCUGAAAAAGAUGUACAGAACAAUGCAGGAAGAAAAAGGAAAGAAAGAGAGAGCGGCAGAGAAUGAGGACAAUGAAACAGAAGAGAAGAGACAAAAGCAACAGUUUGACAAAGAUUACACCCUUGAACCCUUCGAAGGCGUGAGCCCAGAGUACAUGGAAAUGAUAAUCCAGUACGGGUUCGUGUCUCUGUUCGUGGCUUCCUUCCCACUGGCGCCAGCAUUCGCUCUGCUCAACAACGUCAUUGAGAUUCGCCUCGAUGCUGCAAAAUUUGUCACAGAGAUCCGACGGCCUGAUGCUGUGAGACAUAAAGACAUAGGGAUUUGGUACAACAUUCUCUGUGGAAUCAGCAAGUUCUCUGUCAUUACAAAUGCGUUUGUCAUCUCCUUCACGUCAGAGUUUGUCCCACGAAUGGUUUACCAGUACAUGUACAGCGUCAACGGCACCAUGAAUGGUUACACAGAGCACUCACUGUCCUACUUUAAUGUCACCAACUUCCCACCGGGCAGCGCGCCCAACACCACCCUCAUCACCGGAGUCUCCAUGUGCAGGUAUAAGGAUUACAGAGACCCACCGUGGGCCCCAGAUGCUUACACCUUCUCCAAACAGUACUGGUCUGUCCUCGCUGCAAAAUUGGCCUUUGUGAUAUUCUUCCAGAACCUUGCUAUGUUCCUCAGCAUGCUGGUGGCCUGGAUGAUCCCAGACGUACCGCGAUCUCUGCGUGAACAGCGGAAGAAAGAGAACAUGAUGCUGAUGGAGUUUUUGCUGAAUCAAGACCAAGAAGCACGUGCCAAAUCUCAACCCCCGAAACUCUCCAUCCCCUGCAUCCCUGCCAACAUAGACAUUGUGGUGGAGGCACCGCGGGAAGAACCCCAGGAGCAGCAAGAGGAGGAGGAGGAGGAGGAAGAAAGGGUUGAGAUCAAUCUGGAUGAGCCCAGAAGGGGCAGUGACAGUGAUCCAGAGGUUGGGAAGUCGUUCGAGGAAGUUGAAGAAAAUAGACUGGAAGAGCGAGUAGGGGAGGGUGAGGAGGAGGGUGGAGAGGUAGAAGUGGGAGACAAGGUAAAGGAUGAGGACGUAAAUGGAGAGGGUGGAGAGGGGGGUAAUGAGCCAGUGGGAGGAGAAGAAAAAGAGGAGGCAGAACAACUAAAGGAAGAGGAAAAGGAAGCAGAGGAGAAGGCAGCUGAGACAGAGGAUUUUAAGGUCGAUCUGGACGCCUUGAUGAGCGAGCUGGGUCUGCUCGAUGAACCCUCAUCAAGCACAGCCAGAGAUACAGAGCUUCCCCGCUCAGAGUCCAAACAGGAACACCAGAAAGACAAGGAGCCUCCGUUGCAUCCAUUGUCUCAAAGAGGCUCAUCGCAGAGUCUGAAGAGCUCCAGGGCAGACAUUACAACACCUGAUAUUGACACUAGGCUCUUCUCCCUAAUUGCUCCUCCUCCCAGAGAGCCAGGCUCAAGGGCAAAAUCCCGCUGCUCCACCCUGCCUUCCCGCCACAAAGGGGCUGAAGCUUGUUACAGCCUGCCCCGACCCAGCCACUCCACCAGCCUCACGAGGUUCCAGCAGGCGGCCACGCUCACACCCCUGGUUCCCCUGGGCUCUUCAUUAUCAGCCUCAUCCAACCCGUUCUCCCCACCACACACACCUGUGUCACCAUCAUCUCCACACCCCUCUUCCCCAGCAGCCCAACAGCCCAAAGCAAUCAGUGAACUAUUUGCGCUGAAAGGCCCCCCGCCUCAACAGCCACGCUCCAGGGGCAAAUCCCGGUGCUCCACCCUGCCUCCACGACAGAGAGCCCCCGGUCCUGAGGAGCACUCCACCAAGCCUAGCCAUUCCACCAGCUUUACAAAGCUGGGGGACCGCAUCCCUCCUUCCCCCAGUGAACUGAAGCGCAACACGCCAGUAUGAGGAGAGCUGGAAGGCAAGGGAAAGGGACAGAGGGUGGCAGAGGGAGGGGGAGGACUAGCCAGAUUAGCCUCUCCCCGUCUGUGCCUGGAGCCUCAUGCCCUCCGUCCGUCCUCCCUAUUUCCAUACGUAAUACCUGGGGUCUGAGGAGAGACCAUCCAGAUCAACUGAACGUCCUUUUUAUCCUCUUAAUCUUCAUGAAGAUGUUUAUACUCAUGUUUAUUUAGGGCUGAUCCUGACGAGGGGAGAGCUGGACAAUUCAGAGACAGACUGCUCAGGAUACUCUCCCCGCCAUGCCCAAAAACAAUACCACUGGAACUUUAACUCUUUCUAUUCCUGACUUUUUUUUCUGCCAUUUUUUUUUGUUUUAUUGUUGGUUUGUUUUCACAGCUCACUAGCCACUGCUCCUCUGUUUAUUUCAGUCUCACACAUGCAGCAGAUGAAAGAUGGAAAAAUAUGCAGCAAAUAUCAAUAUAUACAGCUAGUAUCAACACUUAAGCUUGUAGAUCUACAGUUUAUUUUUAGAGGUUUUGAUAUAUAAAAAGUGUAAAAUUCUAA